AUGUGGUCCCUCAACCGCCAUGUGAUGCAAAUCGACACAAAGGCCAACUACCGCGCCAGCGUCAAGAACCGAGACCUCUCAUACAUGGUCGGGAUGUGCGCGACCGACUGGAAGGAGGGGUACUACAACAAUGAGGCGCUGCUUGGAUGCUACAGCGCCAAUUGGGGUGCCACAGGCUUCACGAGGCACACGGUAGACUCAACCAACAGACUCGGCGACAGCACCCUUGUGCGUUGUCGAUCAGUUGGUGUUCACCCUUCGCUCGAUCAAGACUCAGCUGCCAGCGUCAGCAGGCUUCUACAAGAGCGGCGGAGAAGCCAAAAGCGGGCGGGACCUCUACCUCUUGGACUCAAACGUUAGACAUGCAUCACAUGUGUAUGUGUAGUUAGUGGCGACCUGCCGAUCAUGUAUUUUGCAUGCGGUGCAUGUACGGAUGCAUUUGUGCAGGAUGACGAAAAUGAGGCUAACCAGCCGCACACCCAUCUCGAGGGGCGAGAGGACUGGUUGCGCGUGUUCGACGACGGUGGCCACACAUUGACGCAGCGAAUGGACUACCUCCAACAUCUCGACGACGCCAUGGAGAGGGUGCGUAAGCUCGAGACAGCAGCAGCGAUGAUCGGGGCAUCGCCAGGGCAAGACGCGAGCAUGGGCGUCGGUGCUGCUACGACGCCAAUGGACGUCGACGGGGGCGCCGGGCGGCUGGUGAUGGUGAAUCCAUCAACUGCAAGUAUCGCCUCGACGACGGCCACUUCCACUGGGACUGCAAACGGCUGA